UUGGCCAGCUCGAAUCACGUGGUUCCUGGCCGCAGGAGGCGCGCGCCGGUGCGACGUCAACGCAGCCCACUAAGCUCCCCCGACUUGUCUCCUGCGACCCGGCCGUAGCUGAGUUCUCCGAGGGCAGGGCUUCGGCGGUUUGCUGAGUACUUUUGCGGCUGCUAUGGACAACUCCGGGAAGGAGGCGGAGGCGAUGGCGCUGCUGGCCGAGGCGGAGCGCAAAGUGAAGAACUCGCAGUCCUUCUUCUCGGGCCUCUUCGGAGGCUCGUCCAAAAUAGAGGAAGCAUGUGAAAUCUACGCCAGGGCAGCGAACAUGUUCAAAAUGGCCAAAAACUGGAGUGCUGCCGGAAGCGCUUUCUGCCAGGCGGCCCAGCUGCACCUGCAGCUGCAGAGCAAGCACGACGCAGCCACCUGCUUCGUGGACGCCGGCAACGCGUUCAAGAAAGCCGACCCCCAAGAGGCCAUCAACUGCUUGAUGCGAGCGAUUGAGAUCUACACAGACAUGGGCCGCUUCACCAUUGCAGCCAAGCACCACAUCUCCAUCGCCGAGAUCUACGAGACGGAGCUGGUGGACAUCGAGAAGGCCAUCGCCCACUACGAGCAGUCCGCAGACUACUACAAAGGCGAGGAGUCCAACAGCUCGGCCAACAAGUGUCUCCUGAAGGUGGCCGGCUACGCGGCGCAGCUGGAGCAGUACCAGAAGGCCAUCGACAUCUACGAGCAGGUGGGGACCAACGCCAUGGACAGCCCGCUCCUCAAGUAUAGUGCCAAGGACUACUUUUUCAAGGCUGCCCUUUGCCACUUCUGCAUCGACAUGCUCAAUGCCAAGCUCGCCGUUCAGAAGUAUGAGGAGCUGUUCCCCGCAUUCUCGGACUCUCGGGAGUGCAAGCUGAUGAAAAAGCUGUUAGAAGCCCACGAGGAGCAGAACGUGGACAGCUACACCGAGGCGGUGAAGGAGUACGACUCCAUCUCCCGGCUGGACCAGUGGCUCACCACCAUGCUCUUGCGCAUCAAGAAGACCAUCCAGGGUGAUGAGGAAGACCUGCGCUAAGCCCCGCGGGGCCCCCGGCGCCCGUCUCCCUGCCCCGUCCGCUCUCCCCCGGCCAGGCCCUCCAGCAAGGAUCGCCGUGUGAGCCCAGAGAGAAGGGGGCCCGAGACCCUGGCUGCGAGACCUUCCUUCCUCCCACCGAGGACUCUGCAGCCACCCCGCAGGCUCAGCACUGCUUCCGGGGCCCCUGAGGCCAGGCGCACUGGCCAGACGGUCACCCUCUGUUCUCGCUGCAUCCCUCGCCCCCUGCCCUUUAUUUAAGCCCCCAGAGCUGCCCUUCUCCACCCCGACACACAGGCUCUCUGGCGCAGGCCUGUUCGCUGUGGGUGCUGCCAGGGGUCGGAGUCCGCAUCCAGCCCCACCUCUCCCAGCCAGCUGAGUCGUGGAGCCGGUGUCUUGUCUCCUCAUCUCCACCUUCCUCCCUGGCUGAGCUCUGGGCCCACAUAGCCACCGUGAUUUGCUCUCACUGCUGGGGAGAGGAUGACUCCUUUCCCCCACCCCGCACCGGGAGCCCCCUGCCUCCUGCAGCCCCGACCUCUCAGGAUGGACCCAGCCCUGGAGCUGCGAGGGUCAUCCCCAUGCCCACCCCUCUGUCUCCUCCCCGCACUUCCAGGUGGUGGUGGUGGGAAGCCGCCACUACCCGAGGAAGGAAAUAAAAGACAACGCUUGUGCUCGA